AUGGAUCCAUUCUCGGCAGAAGGUGAACUUAUCAACAUUCACAAUGCCUUCCACCAAGGCCAGUACCAGGAGGUGAUCGACUUCGACACAUCAGCCCUAUCCUCUGAAAACCACCUUCCUGCUCGCGUUUUAAAGCUUCGCGCCAAAAUUGCCCUGGGACAGACCGACCAGGUUCUCUCCGACGUUGACGGCGAAGAAGACACCCCCGACCUUGCGGCAGUGAAGGCGUUGGCGCAGCAAACAGCUGGCGACAGCGAGGCUGCCCUGAAGCUCACACAGGAUCUGGCGGAGAACUACCCCGACAAUGCUACCGUACAGGCUCUAGGUGGAACAGUGCUGCAGGCGCAGGGAUCGAGCGAGGAGGCUCUGGCUUUGUUGGCGAAGCACCAAGGCAAUCUGGAAGCGUAUGUCUGA